GUGCCCGUUCGAAGCAAAAUACUGCUGAAAUCUUGUUAUGGUUGUAAUUAUGGGUAACGCAUACAGUGAAUUUACAGUCCUCAUGUAAUACAUUAGGAACAAUUUGAUACCUUGUUAACUUCUAAUGAGAUGCAUGCAGACACUGGAUAAUAGGCCUACUUUAAAACAGGUGCUCAUAUGAAGGACUAAACAGGAACAGUAAGCAUGGGGAGUAUAGAAGAUCCCCAUUAUCAACAAAAUCUGUCGACAAGCCUGCAUCGUCUGUAUGAGACAAAGUGCCUGUGUGACAUUACCCUGAAGACUGCUGAUGGAUAUGAGCUGAAAGCUCAUUGGUUAAUUCUAGCCGCCCACUCAGAGUAUUUCCACAGCAUGCACAUGCCAAGGAAUUCAGAUGGUUCAGUGGACACUGUUGAAUUAGAUGUUGACUUUGAUGUGCUGAAGAAUAUCCUUGACUACUUAUACAGUGGAAAGGUCAUGGUCAAUGACUCAAACAGGGCUCAACUGUUGGACACUGGAAAAAAACUGAAAUUUGAAUACCUUGUUGAAUUUAUUUCUAAUCAAACAUCUGUGAUGACAGCAACUUACAUGGAUAAAUCUGCUUCUGAGGCCACAACACUGAGUUCUUUGGACCUUCGUGGUGUCAGGUAUAAAUCCAGUGGAGACCAGUCAGAUCAAGACCAGUCCAGUGGAGACCAGUCAGAUCAAGACCAGUCCAGUGGAGACCAGAAAGAUCAUGACUGGUUUGGGGGUUCUCCUAGAUCAGACUCACAGAAACCGGAUCUGCCAACAGAUGAGACGGAGUCCGUGUUCCUCCCGGAGUGUCUCCCCCACUCUGACAGUGUAGAGUUUGACAUCAGUCGAGUCAAAGAUGAGGUGGAGGAGGAAGACCCACUAAGCUCAAAUCUACAAGUUACAUUUAACACAGAAGCUUCAGGUCUGGCAUCAAUACCAAGUAAUCAAGUUUUGUCAAACAAAAUCAGCAAAGAAACCUGGACAUGGUUGAUGGUCAAGCCGUCUGUAUUGGCCAUAUUGUGCCAAAUGUUUCAGGAAGGACCGUCUCUCAGGACAUCCUGCAUACAUCAUCAUCAGCUGAUAUCCAAGUCUGCAGGAGCAGAUUCUAUGUCUAAGAGGCAUGGAAUUGCCAUCUUGAGUGUUGAUUCUGUUGGGUGUGAUGUGACAUCAGAAGUUGACAAUGUUGAUGAAGUUUUAGCCGUGGAUGAUGACUUUGAUAAAAAACCAAAUGAGACACCACUUUUUCCUCCUCAUACAGACGGUAAUGACCAGUCAAACAAGUUCUUAUCUCCUAGUCCUAGAAAGAAGAGGAAACCAGGAAAGACAGCUGUCAAGACUCUGAAGAAAGGAAGAGCUGGAAACUUCCUGAUUCGUUGGAACAAGAACAGUAUCUGCAGCCUGUGUGGGUUUGAAGGUCAGAUAAGUGAUGUGGUGACCCACAGAAAGUUGGACCACCCAGAGGAGGCCCAUGUGUGUCCGCUGUGCUUCAACAAGUCCGUGGACCACAGGGCUAUGAUCCAACAUCUGAAGCGGCAACAUCUGUGGCGGGAGUCGGGGAAGUACAGCUGCGAGAAGUGUGGUCGAGACUGCCAUAACCGCGUGGGUCUUCUCAGUCACGACCAGAUUGUACAUGGAGUACACCAUAGAGAGGUGUUGGUGUGUGAAGCAGAAGGCUGUCACUUCUACUGCGCCGCCCAAUCCCCUGCCACCAUGGGGGAACACAGGAAGGGUCAUGGCAACACGUUCAGCUAUGCAUGUGACCAAUGUGACAAAAAGUACAAGACCAGGAAAGCACUCAAGAAUCACAUGUACCACCAUAUCAACAGCCAGCGCUACCAGUGUGAGAUCUGUGGCUACUUCACAGCCACACCCUCUGACCUGAAACUGCACACGACCACCAACCAUUCCGACGGCCCGCUGUUCAAGUGCCACGUGUGUGGGAACAACUACAGAUCUCAAUACUCCAUGGAUGAUCACUUGUGGAAGGUCCAUGGGCUAAAAGAUGACAAAAGGAAAUGUUUGCAGUGUGACGAAUGUGACUUCAUCACCCUCUGGCAAGGAACACUCACAGCACACAAAAAAAUACAUGUCACAGAAAAAAACUUUGCUUGUGAAAUCUGUGGUAAAAUAUUCCGAACUCCAAAUAAUUUAAGCAGCCACCGAAACUCAACACACAAAGAGUCGGAUCUGCAUUGUAACUUUUGUCAGCAUACAACGAAGACACUGGACCAUAUGAGGAAACAUCUGAUGAUCGCGCACUACUAUAAGGGCGUGAAGCCCUAUUCAUGUGUGUAUUGCUCGUACAAGAGUAUGACUGGCGGCAAUGUUCGUAAGCACUCGAUGGUGCAGCACCCAGCAGAAGAUGUGAAGUAUGUGCCUGAUCGGGAACUUCUUGCAGAGAUGAAAGCUAAAUGGCUGUCCCUGGAUAAAUCUCAGUGGACCGAUGUUUUGAAAAAUAAGUGACACAAUAAAUAGAUAUAUGAUAGAUAUAUGAGUCAGCCAGCAAUAUUCAAGCAGUAUUAAAACAGCCUGUAAAUAACCUUGUGUGACUACAAAUUAAAGUGGGUCCUCAACAA